CUGGUUAAAGAACCAUCCGGAUCGCAGCGCGGGGGGAGGGCUGGGUGGGGGGAGAGCGGCGGCCGCGCGUGAGGCCGAGGGAGGGGCGGCGGCGCGAACGGCGGCGGCGGCGGUUCCAGCAUGAAGAGGAGAGCUGGCCUGGGGGGCAGCAUGAGGUCAGUGGUGGGCUUCUUGUCCCAGCGGGGCUUGCAUGGGGACCCCCUGCUCACUCAGGACUUUCAGAGGAGACGCCUGCGGGGCUGCAGAAACCUCUACAAGAAGGACCUCCUCGGCCACUUCGGCUGUGUCAAUGCCAUUGAAUUCUCCAACAAUGGAGGCCAGUGGCUGGUCUCAGGAGGAGAUGACCGCCGGGUUCUGCUAUGGCACAUGGAACAAGCUAUCCACUCCAGAGUCAAGCCCAUACAGCUGAAAGGAGAGCACCAUUCCAACAUUUUUUGCCUGGCUUUCAACAGUGGGAACACCAAAGUAUUCUCUGGAGGAAAUGAUGAGCAAGUUAUCCUCCAUGAUGUCGAAAGCAGUGAGACCUUGGAUGUGUUUGCUCAUGAAGAUGCGGUAUAUGGCUUGUCGGUGAGCCCAGUGAAUGACAACAUUUUUGCCAGCUCCUCAGAUGAUGGCCGGGUUCUCAUCUGGGACAUCCGGGAGUCUCCCCAUGGAGAGCCCUUCUGCCUGGCAAACUAUCCAUCAGCUUUUCACAGUGUCAUGUUUAACCCUGUGGAGCCCAGGUUAUUGGCCACAGCCAAUUCAAAGGAAGGAGUGGGACUCUGGGAUAUUCGAAAACCUCAGAGUUCUCUCCUGCGCUAUGGUGGCAAUCUAUCCCUCCAGAGUGCCAUGAGCGUGCGAUUCAACAGCAACGGCACCCAGCUCCUGGCCCUGAGGCGUCGCCUGCCCCCUGUGCUCUAUGACAUCCACUCCCGCCUGCCUGUGUUCCAGUUUGACAAUCAGGGUUACUUCAACUCUUGCACCAUGAAAAGUUGCUGCUUUGCAGGGGAUCGUGACCAGUAUAUCCUUUCAGGCUCUGAUGACUUUAACCUGUACAUGUGGAGAAUUCCUGCAGAUCCAGAAGCAGGUGGCAUUGGUAGGGUGGUCAACGGAGCCUUCAUGGUGCUGAAAGGGCAUCGGUCUAUUGUUAACCAGGUCCGAUUUAACCCUCACACCUACAUGAUCUGCUCUUCUGGUGUAGAAAAGAUUAUCAAGAUCUGGAGCCCAUACAAGCAGCCAGGAUGUACAGGAGACCUAGACGGUCGGAUUGAGGAUGAUUCCCGCUGCCUCUAUACCCACGAAGAGUACAUCAGCCUGGUGCUGAACAGUGGGAGUGGCCUGUCACAUGACUACGCCAACCAGUCCGUGCAGGAAGACCCCCGGAUGAUGGCCUUCUUUGACUCCCUGGUGCGCCGCGAGAUCGAAGGCUGGAGCUCUGACUCCGACAGCGACCUCAGCGAGAGCACCAUCCUCCAGCUGCACGCAGGGGUCAGCGAGCGCUCGGGCUACACCGACUCCGAGUCCUCGGCCUCGCUGCCCCGCUCCCCUCCGCCCACAGUGGACGAGAAUGCCGACAGCGCCUUCCACCUGGGGCCCCUCCGGGUCACCACCGCCAACUCAGGGGCGUCGCCGCCGCCGCCGCCCACGUGCGAGGAGGCCGCGUCUCGCCAGCAGCGCCUGUCUGCUCUGCGGCGCUACCAGGACAAACGCCUCCUGGCCCUUUCCAACGAGUCCGAUUCCGAAGAGAACGCCUGUGAGGUGGAGCUGGACACAGACCUCUUCCCCCGGCCGCGGUCUCCCAGCCCUGAAGAGGAGUCCAGCAGCUCCAGCAGCUCCAGCAGCUCGGAGGAUGAGGAGGAGCUGAACGAGCGCCGGACGGCCAUGCGGCAGCGCAAUACCCUGCGGCGCCGGCAGAAGGCGCCCCGAGAGGAGAGGCCCGCCCCCCCCAGCAAGCCCGCCAGCACCUACAUCGGAGAAGACAACUAUGAUUACCCCCAGAUCAAAGUGGACGACCUCUCCUCCUCUCCCCCCUCCUCCCCUGAGCGGAGCACUUCCACGCUGGAGAUUCAGCCCAGCCGGGCCUCGCCAACUUCUGACAUCGAGUCGGUCGAGCGAAAGAUUUAUAAAGCUUACAAGUGGCUCCGCUACUCCUAUAUCUCCUACUCCAGUAACAAAGAUGGAGAGAGCUCGCUCGUGUCUGGGGAGGCCGAUGAAGGGCGAGCGGGCACCAGCCACAAGGACAGCCCAGCCCCUUCUUCCAGUAAGGAAGCCUGUCUCGGCUCGACUGUAGGCCCGCGGAACCAGGACCUGACCCCUGAAGGUCGCAGCAAGGAUGCUUCCAAAGAAGGGACUUCUGCUAGAAAUCCCAGCAAUGGCCCAGGCCAGGAGCACAGCAGCCACCCUUGGGCAGAGGCCCCGGAGGACCCCUCACAGGACACUAACAAUGGUGGCUCUGUAGAACACUCUUUUGAAACCAAGAAGCUCAAUGGGAAGGCCCUGAGCAAGGCCCUAAGCAGCCGGGCUGAGGAGCCGCCCUCUCCUCCUGUCCCCAAGGCAUCUGGCUCCACUCUGAGCAGCGGGUCUGGCAGCUGUCCCAGGACCCAGUCUGAUGACAGUGAGGAGAGGAGCCUCGAAACCAUCUGUGCCAACCACAACAAUGGACGCUUACACCCCCGCCCCCCUCACCCCCAUAACAACGGGCAGAACUUUGGAGAGCUGGAGGCAGUGGUGUGCUCUUCUCCAGGACAUUCGGACACUGACCAUGAUAGCUUGUCCCUGACAGGGACACUCCUACACAAAGAUUGUUGUGGGUCUGAAAUGGCCUGUGAGACCCCCAGUGCUGGAACAAGAGAGGACGCCACUGGCCCCCCAGACACAGACAGCAGCAGGGCUGUUCAUGGCCAUAGCGGCCUGAAAAGGCACCGAGUCGAAUUGGAAGAUACAGAUUCAGAGAAUUCCUCCUCAGAGAAGAAAUUAAAAACAUGAUAAAUACAAAGGGAAAACAAAAAGCUAUGAAAUGUAGCUUUACAAAAAAUUUUUUAAUCCUGUUUAGUGAACACAGAGGAAAGGAAAAAAGUAUUAAAGGCACAUAAAACCAGGGCCUGAAAUUUUGUGUCUGAUGCUGCUGUCUUCUCGUCAGUAAUGGGUCUGAAUGUUUAGCUGGCCGUUGGCUUGUGCUGUGUAAGGAAAGGGAAAAAAAAUCCAAGUGACUCCUUUCUAGUAAGACUCGAGCAUCGCGUACCUGUGCGUUUUGUUAAAGUAAAUCCUUGUUGAGACGUU